UACUUCCUCCUGCAAACAAGAGAGAUCGAGCCAAUUACCCUAACCCUAACCCAUGUAACAAAAAUAUACUGCACUUCGAUGGGCUACUGCAGAGAAAUCCAACGCAAACAACUCCACGAUCAUCAUCAUCAGCAGCAUCCCAUAUUCAUCCCAUACCCAGUAAUCAUCGGCGCCGGACCUUCAGGCUUAGCUACUGCCGCAUGCCUCAAAGAGAAAGGAAUUGACAGCCUAGUCCUCGAGAGAUCGAACUGCAUCGCUUCCCUCUGGACCCACAGCACCUACGACCGUCUCCACCUCCACCUCCCCAAGAAAUACUGCCAGCUCCCUCUCAUGCCUUUCCCUCCAAAAUUCCCAAAGUACCCCUCAAAGCAACAAUUCAUUUCCUACUUAGAAAGCUAUGCGAACAAAUUCGAUAUAAGACCCUUGUUUAAAGAAACAGUGGUGAGGGCUGAGUUUGAUCGCGGGGUUGGAUUGUGGCGGGUGAGGACGAGGGUGCGUGAGUAUGCGUGUCGGUGGCUGGUUGUGUCGACGGGGGAGAACGCGGAGGCUGUUGUUGGGCCUGAGAUUAAUAUUGAAGGGAUUGGGAGGUUCAAGGGAAGUGUUAUGCAUACGAGUCUGUAUAAGAGUGGGGAGUUGUUUAGGGGGAAGAGAGUGCUUGUUGUUGGAUGUGGGAAUUCUGGGAUGGAGGUUUGCUUGGAUCUUUGCAAUUUUAAUGCUUGCCCAACAAUUGUCGUGAGAGAUAGGGUUCACAUUCUACCAAGAGAGAUGCUCGGCAUUUCAACUUUCGGGUUGUCUACGUGGCUUCUCAAAUGGCUCCCUAUACGAAUUGUGGAUCGGAUUCUUUUACUCUUAGCCCGUUUCCUGCUAGGGGACACGGCCCUAUAUGGCCUGCAACGGCCCGUUCUCGGCCCGCUUGAGAUAAAAUCGGUAUCGGGCAAGACCCCGGUCUUAGACACCGGAACCCUAGUCAAGAUCAAGUCAGGAGACAUCAAGGUACGGCCAGCAAUAAAGAGACUAACUGAAGAUGGAGCGGAGUUUGUGGACGGGAGGUCGGAGAGCUUUGAUGCGGUUGUUCUAGCCACGGGUUACAAAAGCAACGUUUCCUCUUGGCUUAAGGAGAGGGAGUUUUUCUCCGAGAAGGAUGGAUUGCCACGGGACCCAUUUCCAAAUGGGUGGAAAGGAGAGAAUGGUCUCUAUGCGGUUGGUUUGACUAAGAGAGGUUUAAUGGGGACAUCAAUGGAUGCCAGAAGGAUUGCGAAUGAUAUCCAACAAUGUUGGAAGAAUGAUGCAAAGAGAUGCAUGCUAUAAUAUUUGCAAUAACAAGUUCAUGAAGGAGAAUACAUAUAUAGUAGGUUGUAUGUAGGGGAGUGCUCAUGGUAUUGUUGUUUCGCUUACUGCUUUAGGAGAAUAGUAUAUUGUUGUUUGAUUUGUUAAUUUGAUAGUUUUGGGAGCUGAGUUUGUACAUCCCUAGUGUCUGUAUAUCUUGCAUAUAGAUUUGUGUGUGUGUGUGGGGU